CCAUCAAACCGCAAAGAUGUCGUCGACGUCGUCGCCGGCCGCGGUCCGCCGGGUUCUGGUGGUCGGCGCCGGCCUUACGGGUAGUCUGUGCGCGUGCCUGCUCAGGAGGAAGUUCCAGGACAAAGUCCACAUUGUCGUGUGGGACAAGGCGCGCGGAGCGGGCGGCAGGAUGUCGACGUUCCGUCCUCCCGACCCGUCGUCGUCGUCGUCGUCCCACUCGGCCGACUUGGGAGCGCAGUACAUCUCCGCCACGCGCGAGUACGCUCGCUCGCACCACAGUUUCUACUCGGAGCUGCUGGCGGCGGGCGUCCUGCGUCCGCUCGACUGCGCCGUGGAAGGCCUGCGGCGCAGAGACGGCGGCGCGGACUACGUGGCCCCGCUGGGCAUGAGCGGCGUGGUCAAGCACUUCCUGCGGGAGUCAGGAGCCGACGUGUUCCUGGAGCAUCACGUGACGGCCCUGUCCCGACGCGGCGCCUCGUGGGAGGUCCGCAGGAAGGACGGCGCCGGCCGGCAAUUCGACUCGGUGGUCUUGACCGUCCCCGUUCCGCAAAUUCUGCAGCUGCGAGGCGACCUGGAGGACGUUGUGUCCGUCCAGCAGAAGGCGCUGUUGAGCGACGUGUCCUACUCUUCUCGUUUCGCCCUGGCGCUCUUCUUUGCUCCCGGCGUGGACGUCGGCGUGCCGUGGGCCCUGCGCUACUACAACGACGGCGACGACGACGACGCCGACCUCAAGGUGGUCUGCUACGCUGCCGUGGAGCCUCGCAAACGCGGCACAGAGGACGACGCCGGCCGCGGUCCGUCCUUAGUGGUCCACACCGGCGUCCCGUUUGGCAAGCGGCACCUCGAGCGAGACGUGGAGGAAGUGCAGCCGGUCAUCUUGCGGGAAGUGCGCCGGCUCAUCCCGGCUCUGCCUCAGCCCAUCGGCAUCAAGUGCCACAAGUGGAGGUACUCGCAGGUCGUGAGCGCCGUGGCAGGCCGCCCGGGUCACAUGGUGUUGUCGGAGCGCCCCCUGCUGGUUUGCGCCGGCGACGCCUUCACUCACUCGAACUUCGACGGCUGCCUGACGUCCGCACUGAGCGUCCUCGCCGUGUUCAAAGAUGUCAUGUGACAGGAAGUAGAUGCGGAGGUCACGCUCGCGCCUUAGCUUGCGUCAGGCACCCACGGAAUGCGUCCUGUUGUCUCGUAUUUUGUUUUGCAUGCUGGCUUUGGUUCUAUUUCCACCACCCGAACGUCCAGCUCGUGAGACCAAUAAAGGUUCUACUCGU